AGAAAAUGUUCUUAUCUACUCCACUUACUAGUUAUAAUAUUAAAUAAUAAUUCUCUAUUUAAAAAAUUACGCGCUGCAUCAAUUUUACGACUCCAUAAUUGCAAAGUAAACAUUUUUAACUGUUGAAGGUUAAAUAAAGUGCAAUAAUUGAACUAUUGGAAAUACAUUAAUAGAUUGUUUUUUGCCAAGGAAGUUAGUCGAUUAAAGUAAAAAAGGCACGAUGCGUUCAGAAUUGUUCGUUGUAAGUUUGUUCAUACCGACAUUACUGGCACAAAUACCUAUAUCAAGAUGUCCUAGUGUGAAAGUUCAACAAAAUUUUGAUGUUGCAGCCUAUUUAGGUAAAUGGUAUGAGCAAGAAAAGUAUCCACUAAUAUUCGAAAUAGGCGGCAAAUGCAUUACCGCUGACUACUCGAAAAGAAGUGAUGGUAAAGUUGAAGUUUUUAACCAGAUGAAAAAUGUUUUAACCAAUUCAGUAUCCUCAAUUAAAGGAACAGCUGAAUUAGCAUCAGAAAAAGGGGAAGCAAAACUAUCAGUCACUUUCAAAACACCCGUGACUGUUACUUCACCUUAUUGGGUACUAAGUACGGACUAUGUAAACUGUUCAGUAGUGUAUUCUUGCCAAACAAUCUUUGGUAUUUCUGCUCACACUGCAUGGAUUCUUACGAGAGAUCAACACCCGUCUCAAGAUAUUAUCAAAACGGCUCGAAAAGUACUUAAGGAUAAUAAAAUCGACACUUCUUUCUUGAUAAAAACAGAUCAAAAACAUUGUUAACUAUAAAAAUAUUGUAUAUUAAUUUUGUUCUUUGUUAAAUAUUUAGUUGUUUCUUUAUUAAAAAUAUAUACACAAGUAAAUUAAGU